AUUUAAUGAACAUUUUCUUGCAUUGCUUUUUAAAAUUAAUAAGAUACGUUUAAAUUGUGCCGUUUGACAUGAUUAACAGCCGUUGGUUUAAUUAUUGAAUAUAUUACUUUUUUAUUGAGUUAUAUUUAUCAAAAAAAAAAAACUUAUUAUGAACAAUUUUUCCAGAUAAUGAUUUCAGUUAUUGUGAAUUUCAAUAAAGCAAACUUAUAGUGAAAAAAUAUGGCAUCAACUAGUAAAGGUAUCUUAAUUGGAUCUUCAUGGUUCCAACGUAAAAUCAACUUACGUCCACAACACAGGGGUGUUCAUUUAAUUACUGAAGAAAUCCUUAAACAAAUUCCAGAAUUAUCUUAUUUCUCAGUUGGCUUGUGUCAUAUUCAAAUUUUGCAUACAUCAGCUAGUUUAGCAAUAAAUGAGAGUUGGGAUCCAAAUGUUAGAGAUGACAUGGAGAUGAUGUUGAACAAAAUUGUUCCAGAAGGUUUACCUUACAGACAUUCAUGCGAAGGUCCUGAUGAUAUGCCUGCCCAUGUAAAAGCAUGUUUCUUGGGAUCAUCAAUUACUAUUCCAAUAACAGAAGGAAAACUUAAUCUUGGAACUUGGCAAGGAAUAUGGUUAUGUGAACAUCGAAAUGAUGCAGGUAGUCGAAAAUUAGUAAUUACAUUAAAUGGAGCUUCAAAUUCAUCUGCAGGAGACUUAAAUAGGUCGCCUAUUACACCAAUCUCACCAGUGGCUUCAUUAAGCAGCUAGACUUAAGAUUUAAAGAUUGAUUAAAACUUUAUAGAAUUAAUUAACCUCUUCUAGUCAAAAUCUUAUAACACACAUAAAAUAAUGUAAUUAUUAAAUUUAUUUCUAAUUUGGAUUUAUAAGUGAAUACUUAACAUUCCAUCAAUAUGUAAAGCUCUUUCCUAAACAUACUAAUUUAUGUAACUUUCAUACA